GGCUGCUCCCACCUGUGCCUGGCCUGGACGGGGCAUGACUUGUGUCUGCCCCACCCACUACCAGAUGACCAAGAACGGGGUCUCCUGCAAGAACUACAUCAUCUUCAGCCAGAGGAACAGCUUCGGCCGACUGCUGCCGAACACGACAGACUGCCCGAAUGUGCCGCUGCCAGUGUCCGGCAAGAAUAUCCGCGCCGUGGACUAUGAUCCGAUCUCGCAUUACAUUUACUGGAUCGAAGGCAGGAGUCACAGCAUCAAGCGUUCUCUAGCAAAUGGCACAAAGCUUCCUGGGUGAAUCCGUAAGCGUCAACGAUACCGGGGACUCGGAAAAGCCUCGCAACAUUGCCGUGCAUUCUAUGAAGCGUUUGCUCUUCUGGACAGAUGUCGGCAGCCAAAAGGCCAUGAUUCGGGCCCGAGUCGAUGGCAAUGAGCGUUUGGAGGCCUACAAGCUGGAAGGAGUCACGGCGCUGGCCCUGGAUCAACAGUCCGAUAUGAUCUACUAUGCCCAGGCAAGCGAGUCGAUGUGAUGGAAAGAACAAGUAAUCAACAUUGCCGCCUAGGGGGAAUUGUGUACUGGCUGGAUGACAAGACCGGACUGGAGUGGAUCACUGUCAACGGAGAGCGUCGUUCCGCGGGCCGUGUGAACACCGAAAGCGGAAGUGCGGCACAGUCGUCCAAAUUGUUUCCACAACUGAAUAGCCAGAGGGGAGGGUGUGACACGCAGCACUCACGACGUCUGCUCGUGCCCCAAGCAUCUGAUGCUGCUGGAGGACAAGGAUAGCUACGGCGUGUGCGCGGCCUGUGGGCCAGAUCAUUUCACGUACACGGCCCCAGUGACGGGGAAUGGUGACAUGAAUAAGGACUGCGUACCCGCCUACAGGCGCUGUGACGGCGAAAGGGACUGCCUGGACAAGUCGGAUGAAGUGGGAUGUCCCACAUGCCGGGUGGAUCAGUUCAGCUGCCAGUCCGGCGAGUGCUUCGACAAGGCUCUGGGAAAAACUAAGGGUUUUAGUUAGCCAGAAUUAUUCAAGGAAAAAAUUGAGCAAUAUGUACGACUAUCCUCUUUCGCUUUUUUGUGUUGACCUAUUUCGCUAAAACCUUUUUUUGUUUGACCAUUUUCGC